AAGCUAUCAAAAGAUGUUCUAUCUGUAAAAAAAUAGGACAUAACAAAAACAAAUGUCCAAAUAACUUAGGAUUAAUAGAAGAAUCAUCAUCAACAUCAAACCCUAGUAAUUUCAUGAGUGAUAUGUUUAUACAUUCUCAUGACGGUGAAAUAUUAGGUAAAGCUAAACAUGAACCUAGAAGUAGACAAGCAUUAACAUUCGAU